AUGCCACGCAAAUAUCUUGGAGGUUCUGGUGAAGGACUGACCGUAUGGAUUUCUAUAGCAGCAAGUACCGUGUUGAUUUUCUACGGAUACGAUCAGGGUGUCUUCGGAAAUAUACUGGUUAAGGAAGACUUCCUCCAUACUGUUGGGAACCCUUCGGCAACCGCUCAAGGUACCAUGACCUCUGUGUACAAUCUUGGCUGCUUUGCUGGCGCACUCUCGACUUUAUACCUCGGAGAUAAGCUCGGAAGACCCAGAACACUCAUGUUGGGUUCGUCGAUAAUAGCUCUCGGUGCCAUCGUUCAAGCUGCUUGCUACAAUGCUCCAAUGAUGUACGCAUCCCGCGUAGUUGCUGGCUUGGGGACAGGGAUGAAUACUUCCACCGCUGGUGUCUGGCAAUCUGAAACUUCCAAGAUGCGCAGUCGUGGCAAGCUCAUCAUCAUACAGAUGGCGAAUUGCAUCACCGGAUUCGCUAUCUCGAACUGGCUCACCCUCGGCUUUAGCUUCGCGCCUGGAAGUGUGUCAUGGCGGUUUCCAUUGGCAUUCCAGAUCUUCUUUUCUGCACUCAUUUGGAUGAUGUGUCCUUUUCUGCCGGAUAGCCCAAGGCUACUGAUUCGCAAAGGCAAGUUCGACGAAGCAUACGAAGUUCUGGCAGCCCUCGAAGGCCAUGGUGCUACGGUCGAUUCACUAUCUGUUAGAACGCAGUUCUCGAUCAUCAAAGAUGUGCUUGAUAAGGAAUAUGCGCAGACCUACACAUGGUGGCAGCUUAUUACAAGCAGGGGGCCUGCAGGAGUGGUCAGGAGAAUGAUCCUCGGGGCUUGGAUGCAAGCAAUGAACCAAAUCUCGGGAAUUAAUGUCACAUCAUACUAUAUGACUUACGUCUUUAUAAAUGCCCUGGGUAUCUCGGAGCUGCUCUCUCGUAUCCUGGCAGCGGCGGGGUCAAUGGACUAUCUGUUCUUCUCCUUCAUGGCAUACUUCGUCAUCGAACGCUUCGGGCGCCGGAAGGUCAUGAUGACCUCCGCUACUGCCUGUGGUAUCUGCUGGAUGGUUAUCGCAAUUGCUCUUGGCCUCAGUGAGAACGGGAGAGGUGAUCCCUACAAGCUAGGCAUCAUUGCGGUCUCCUUUUUCUUCGUGUUUUUCGCCUCUUUCGCCUUGGGGGUAUUAGGGGUUCCGUGGCUCUACCCUACCGAGGUGAACGCCCUUGCGUACAGGGCAAAGGGUGCAAGUCUCGCUAUGUCCUCUAACUGGUUGAUGAACUAUUUGGUAGCUCAAGUAACCCCUCCUGGCAUUGCAAAUCUUGGUUGGAAGUUCUGGCUUAUUUGGAUGGUUCUUUGCUUCUCCUUUGUCCCCAUCACCUAUCUUUUCUACCCUGAGACAGCAAAUCGUUCGCUCGAGGAUAUCGAUCGCUUCUUUGGCGACAAUCACGACAUCUUUGUGUUCAACAACAAAAUAGCCACACAACUACACAGGCCAGCUAUUUACGAAGAGGCAGAUCAGGAGAUUGCAGCAAGGAACAGAAAGCUUCAUGACGAACAAGAACCAAGCACGAAGGGCAUUGAAGUGACGAUGGUGGAAGAGAAGUGA